AUCAAAAAUAAUCCUAUUACUGGUCAUCCUACAGAUUAUACGAAAUUGUUAGGUGGAGUAAAAAGAGAUGAGAAUGGACAUAUAGUUUCUGCUAAUUCUUUGUUAUUAAGUUGGUACACACAAGUUAAUAUGUCUGCAGUAGACCUAAAUGAGGUUGGUAAUGUAGUUGGCACGGAAGAUUGGGUCACAGUGCCACUUGCACUAUGGGAAGCAAAGUUUUUAGAACUAAUGCAAUCAGAAUCACAAAACUCGUCAACUUUUAAAGUGUAUUAUGAGGCUGGUAGAAGUUUCGGUGAUGUCAGCGGCCAAGCAAUGUUCCAAGAGGUAGAUAAACUUUUUAUGGGAAUAGUUUUAAUGUUUUUGUACAUAGUUUAUGGACUUUCACGUCUCAACUGGUUAGAAAUAAAACUUAUACCGAGUGGUGUUGGUUUGGUGAGUGUGGCAAUGGCGUAUGUUACAUCUUUGAGUUGGUGUUCCAUUUUGGGCGUACCUUUUGGCCCUGUCCAUUCUGCUUUACCUUUCCUCUUAAUGGGGCUUGGUAUUGACGAUAUGUUUGUAAUAAAUGCAUGUUGGAAUACAGUGUGUGAAUCUGACCUUAAAAAAAGUCUUCCAGUAAAAGUUGGCUUGACGAUGAAACAUGCUGGAGUGUCAAUAGUCAUUACUUCAUUCACUGAUAUCGUUGCUUUGCUCAUAGGUGCUAUUACGAUUCUUCCGUCUUUAAAAUCGUUUUGCAUAUAUGCUGCUAUAGGAGUAUUUUUCAUUUUUUGUUUCACUGUUACAUUUUACGUAGCAGUAUUUACGUUGGACCUUAAGAGAAUGGAGACAAAUAGAAAUGGAAUAUUAUUUUGUUACAGACACAGAGAAAGGAUUUAUCCUGCUAAAGAAAAAACUAUACUUCAAAAACUGUUAUUACUGUUCUAUAAGAACGUUGUGUUUACAAUCCCAGGAAAGUCCAUUGUGCUAUUAUUUACUCUAAUCAUGACAGGGUUUAGUAUUCAGGCUAUAUUAAAAUUAGAACAAAGGUUUGAUGUGAAAUGGUUUAUACCAGAUGGUACUUAUUACAAACAGUUUCUUGACAAACACGAUUUUUUUUACCCUGAUGAAGGUCAUGCAGCAAUGGUAUUUCUGGGUGAAAUGAAUUAUAAUGCUGAGUUUAGUUUAUAUACUACGUAGUUAUUAUACUCUGUUAGAUGCAGUUAUUUGUAAGUUACUAACAAUGCAGUUGUUAAGUUAGAGUGGUUUUACCAGUUUAACGCUAAUACAUUACAAUAAUUUCUACCGUUUAUAACCGUCUUUGUCUUCAUGCUUAUGUACCCAUAUAUAAACUGUCAUUAACUUAAUGCGUUGGCCACACCGUGAACGAGGCUAAGCUAACUUAGCUCACGUAUCCGGGGUCUUCAUACUUCGGUUCACACCGCGAACUAAACUAAUCGAGCUAACUAAACUAACCCAACGAUCCCGCUAGCUAUGUAAAAUAUUUGCAAUUCUGCCGCCCUUCAGCCCCGCACCUAUCCAUAGUGUAGCACGUCACUACUUUCUACGUAUUUUCUUAGCUUUGCAUGCAACUACGUGAACUAAGCUAACUAACUUCGUUCGCGAUGUGGCCAGCGCUUAAUAAUAAUGUAUGACAAUGGACACGAAUGAUGAUGCGUAUUAUUUCUGUAAUUUUAUCGCCUUACAAGCAAAACUAUCAUUAGCACUAAAGUUGUUAACAUCAUCAAAACUAUGCUGCAUGAAUUUUGAGUAUACCUACAUGUAAUAUUAUAUGUAUACAAAACUUUCAAAAACUUCUUUGUAAUAAUGAGGGCAAUGCAGAUAGAAUAAAUAUGCGAUGAAGUAUUUCAAUAGUACUUAGCAAUGAUAACAUCGUCUAAUAUAUAUAGUUUUCAAUUCAAUUCAUUUAUUCAUUUGUUACUAUGGUAUAUGGUAUAUAUGGUAAUAAUAUUUUAACGAAUCUCUGCAACAUCGAGUAUAUAACCAGAAAUAGAGACGAAAUGUCAUUUAA